AUCAACGGACCCAUAUCAACUGCACAGUUUAUGCGACAGGCACUCAUUCACCCAUUGGGUGGAUACUAUAUGAAGGGAAAAGUGUUUGGUCCACAUGGUGACUUUAUAACAUCUCCUGAAAUCAAUCAAAUGUUUGGCGAGCUUAUGGCAAUCUGGUUUAUGAACCAUUGGCAAACCUACCAGUCUAUUCCUUCCACAGCACCUCAAAAACCUUUCAAUAUAAUUGAACUUGGGCCAGGUCGAGGCACUCUGAUGGCGGAUAUGCUCACUACCCUUACACAGCUCAAGACCUCUACGAUCAACCCCUUAAAUGCCGUUCAUUUGGUUGAAGCAUCUCCCGAGUUGCGAAAGACUCAAGCCCAAAUGCUCAACUGUACAAUGGAUCCGCUAGAAAAUUCAACCUAUCGCCCAGGAGAUGGCACCACAGUAACAGGAACAACUAGCCAAGGAGUCAAAGUGUAUUGGCACGAUACGUUUGACUGUAUUCCUGUCGACGAAACUGUUGCAUCGUUUAUUAUUGCUCACGAGUUUUUUGAUGCGAUGCCAGUUUACAAAUUUCAAAAAACGGAACAGGGAUGGAGAGAGAUCAUGGUUGAUUUGGACGAGACUCCCACAUUACCCUACAAUUUCCGAUUCAUUUGUGCUCCAUCUGCAACUAAAGCGUCCGUCGCGCUUAUGCAGCCUACAGUGACGGAUCGAUUUGCGAAUGUUCAAAUAGGCGAGAGAAUUGAGCUAGCACCAGAUGUCGUUGGAGUAUCAAAAGCUAUUGCCGAGAGAGUUGCCAACGAUGGUGGUAUAGCCUUGUUUGUUGAUUACGGUCGCGACCAUGUUAUUGACGAUAGCUUAAGGGGUAUUAGAAACCAUAAAAUUGUUCAUCCUCUGUCGAUGCCAGGUGAUUGUGAUUUGUCUGCGGAUGUCGACUUUUCUGCAAUUCAACACGCUGUAAAAGGAAUUGCGAAUGCAUAUGGACCAGUACCACAAGGACUUUUUUUGGAGAAAAUGGGAAUAGGAGCCAGAGCCAUGGCUUUAAUUCAAGGCGCAACAGAUAACAAGACCAAGGCAGCAGUUGUUGCUGCUUACGAGAGACUUGUUGAUCCAGAUGCCAUGGGUCAGGCCUACAAAAUCAUGGCUAUAACGUCAUCCACCACCGUCCCAUAUGCACUCGAGCCAUUCCAACACCACACUGAGCCAUCUGUCGAUGAUGAACCUUUUAACCCACAUAAAUAA